UUGGCACCUGAUCUUUAGUGAUGGACCCAGAAGAAACCACACUUUAUUUGGAUUAUCCCUAUGCGACCAGCCCAAAUCCUGAUGUUGAGGAGACCCUCCUCUAUGUUUAUUAUAAAUCUGUCUUCCUCUCCAUCUUUUACACAGCUGUGUUCCUGAUCGGAGUGUCAGGGAACCUGAUUCUCAUGAGUGCGUUGCAUUUCAAACAGGGCAAUAGAAGACUGAUCGACAUCUUUAUCAUCAACCUGGCUGCCUCUGACUUCAUUUUCCUCAUCACUUUGCCUCUCUGGGUGGAUAAAGAAGCAUCUUUUGGCCAGUGGAGGACAGGCUCCUUCCUAUGCAAAGGCAGCUCCUACAUGAUCUCCGUCAACAUGCACUGCAGUGUCUUCUUGCUCGCCUGCAUGAGUGUUGACCGCUACCUAGCCAUCAUGUGUCCAGGUCUAUCCAAGAAAUUCAGAAAGAGAGAAUUUGCGUAUAGAGUCUGUGCCAGCGUCUGGUUUAUCUCCUGCCUCCUGGGAUUGCCUACUCUUCUGUCCCGGGAGCUCACCUUUCUGGAUGAUAAGCCAUAUUGUGCAGAAAAGAGGGCUACGCCAACUAAACUGACUUGGGCCCUCGUGGCCUUAAUUGUCACCUUUUUUGCCCCGUUGGUGAGCAUUGUGACCAGCUACUGUUGCAUCACAAAGAAGCUGUGCACCCAUUACCAGCAGUCAGGAAAACAAAACAAAAAACUGAGAAAAUCCAUAAAGAUCAUCUUCAUUGUUGUGGCAGCCUUUGUCUUCUCCUGGCUACCCUUCAAUAUUUUCAAGCUCCUGGCCAUUGUCGCUGGGUUGCAGCAAGAGCUCAACUUGUCCCCAGCUUUUCUCCAGCUGGGCAUGGAGGUGAGUGGGCCGUUAGCAUUUUCCAACAGCUGUGUCAACCCUAUUAUUUACUAUAUCUUUGACAGCUACAUCCGCAGGGCCAUUGUGCACUACUUGUGCCCUUGUCUAAAGAACUCUGACUUUGGGAUCAGUACCGAGACAUCAGACAGUCACCUCAUUAAGGUUCUCUCCAACUUUGUUCAUGAGGAGGAUUUUGUCAGAAGGAGGAAGAGGUCUGUGUCUCUCUAAAAGGCACAGUGACAUUUCAAACUCUG